UGUUCACGCUCGCAUCAGAGCAGGAGCUCCAGUGACAGUGGAGUGCUUUGAUUCAUGCUGUUGUGGAGUCUCCUUUUUGGAUUCAAAGAACAAUUAAUGCGGCCAGAAAAGAGCGAAUGAAGGAGGAGAAGAUGAAUGUGGAGGCUCUAAGCAGAGCAGAGCUGCUGACUCUCCUCAGUAUCUUGGAGGGAGAGCUCGAAGCCCAGGAUGUAGUCAUACAUGCCCUCAGGGCUCAGCAUAGAGAUGCUUUUGUCCAAGAGCGCUACGGACAGUAUGACCUCAGCGAUCCAUUCCUGGCCCUGCAGCGGGACAACGAAGCCAUGGAGCGCCAGAACGCAGCGGCCGAACCUCACAUGCAUCUGCAGGGAAGGGCAGUGGGGCCAAAUCCUCUGGCUGUGCUUAAACUGGUCAUGGCUCACUGCAAGAGGAUGCAGGAGAGGAUGAUGGGACAGUUAGCUGCUGCUGAAAACAGACACAGAAGGAUGAUAGCAGAUUUGGAGGAGGAGAAACGACGACAUAUCCAGGACUCUGCACAGCAUGCCAAUUUCACCUUCACGCUGCAGACAGAAAGAGAUAAACUGCUGCAACAGCUGGAAGUGGAGCAUGCAACAGUGCAGAGAUUAGAGAAGGAAAAAGCCCAAGUAGUGAGCAAAGUAGAGGAGUCGCUGUCCCAGCAACAGCAGCUCUCCUCAACUCUGACUCUGGAGCUCCAGAAAGCCAGCAGCCAGGCUGUGGAGGAGGCCCAGAAAGCCUCACAACUUCACACCUUGCUGCAAGAGGAGACCAGUGCCCUGGAGAAGCUCCGGGCGGUUCUUGAACAUGAGAAGAGCAGGGCAGCCCAGCUUGAGGCCAAGUCUGAUAGACAGCUGGCUGAGUUUGACAGAGAACGGGAGCAGCUGAAAGCCAGGCUUAGUAAAGAGGAGGAAAGGAGUAGAGAGCUUGAAAGUCAGGUGGAGGAGCUGAAAAAGAGAUUGGCUGAACUUGAAGGCUGUAAAGAAGAGGUAAAGGAGGUUGUGGUGGAGGAGAAAGAGUCGAUACCCAAGAACAUGGCGGUAUCUACCUCUGUUCAGACUGAGCCUGAUGGAAAGAUAAUUGUCAGUCCUAAAUCCACCUCACUGCCAAAAGUCAAUGGCCAUCACGCUCAAAAAGAGACAGAUCUGAAACAGGAAGGGAGAGGAGCGGAUAAUGAAGGGGUAGUAGAAAAUGGGGGAGGAGCAGUUUUGUAUUCCCCUCACUCUCAUCCUCACUCCCCCUCCAGCACAGCCUCCUCUUCCCUCUCCUCUUCCCCUGUUUCCUCUCCUGUUCUGGCAAAGCGUUUGGGCAGUCCUGGUUUCCAUCAGUCCUCCUACCAGGCUGGAGUCAAUCAACGGUUCCAGGCUGCCAGGCACAAGUUCCAGAGUCAGGCAGAGCUGGAUCAGCAGCAGCAUGGUGGGCCACUUUCCCCAAGGGACCUCUCCCCCACCACUUCCUCCAUCCCUCCCCCAUUGGAGCACAGCACAGCUAAGCAGCUGGCCCGCAACACCGUCACUCAGGUGCUGUCCCGCUUUACCAGUCAGCAGGCUGGAGUCAAGCUGGCUCCAAUCAGCAGCUCUCCAUUUGGUACAGACUACCGCAAUCUAGCAGCAUCUCCUCCGGGAGGAAGGUCCCCUUCAGGCCCUCUAUCUCCAGGCAUCCGCUCCCCCCCUCACUCCCGCUCAGAGAAGACCUACCCUCCUCCAAUUCCUCCCAAGAAGCUGGGCAUGAGUCCAACUCCAGGCUCUCCCAGCCACUCUGCUCGGACCAGCCUCUUCCCAGAGCUGACAGGGAACUGUGGGCACAGUAACAGUGGCCAGGAUGGGGCCAAGGAGUCUGACCUGGUUUUAUCUUCAAGCAGCUAAUGGCCAGAUGACGCAAACUAACUGUUAAACAAUUCAGGGUUAAAUCAGCAGUUUUGUAAUAUCCAUCUUAAGUAGCAAAACUACUUAAUAGCACUUCAAACCAGACGUCUAGACAAGUAAAGCUGUACUGGUUCAAUCAGAUGCAGAGUUUGCUGCAUGCCUACCUCCAAACAACAACCUGACAGACAGUUGGAGCAGAACUAUUUGAAAUGAACUAGAGUAUAUGGAUUAUUUUUGUUGUGUUUCUUAUUUUCAUUUGGCUGUCUUUAUUUCUUUAUGUAGAACUAUUGUGAGCUUGUGUAAUAAAUGAAAAUGUAUUAUUUAGACCCUAUAUUAAGGGGGAUUCAAAAACCAUGUACAAUAUUAAAAGCAAAAGAUCUGUAAGAAUUGUCAUUGUAUAACACAGCCUUUGUUUUCUUUUCUUUUAGGGCAUAAACUGCUCAUCCUUUUACAAUCAAAAAAACACUUCAGUUUUU